ACAGGGUAGACGAGUAUUCCGGUAGUGUUCCUCGUCACUUGACCGGCCAUGAUGUUGAGCGCCGUAUCGAAGGCAGCCGUCGGGGCCCUCCGGGCCGUCAAACCCGCCCUUCUACAAACCGAAGCUGCAAAAGUCACUGGAGUCCUUGCAGUGAACAGCCGUGAUUAUGCCAAGGCUGCAGCUGGAAAGACUGGUGCUCAUGGAAAGAUUGUGGCCGUCAUUGGUGCCGUCGUCGAUGUCCAGUUCGACGAUGAGCUUCCACCAAUUCUCAACGCCCUGGAAGUUCAGAACCGUAGUCCCAGGCUAGUCCUUGAAAUAGCCCAGCACUUGGGAGAGAACACAGUGCGCACCAUUGCUAUGGAUGGUACUGAGGGUCUUGUCCGUGGUCAAUCUGUUCUUGACUCUGGAUUUCCUAUCCGUAUCCCAGUCGGUGCUGAAACCCUUGGACGUAUCAUUAACGUCAUUGGUGAACCCAUCGACGAACGUGGUCCCAUCCCCACUGAUAAGCUUGCCCCUAUUCACGCUGAUGCCCCUGAAUUUGUGGAGAUGUCUGUCGAGCAAGAGAUUCUCGUUACUGGAAUCAAGGUCGUAGACCUGUUGGCUCCCUAUGCCAAGGGAGGAAAGAUCGGUCUGUUCGGUGGUGCUGGUGUAGGCAAAACCGUACUUAUCAUGGAGCUGAUUAACAACGUCGCUAAGGCCCAUGGUGGUUACUCCGUAUUCGCUGGUGUCGGAGAGCGUACCCGUGAGGGUAACGAUCUCUAUCACGAGAUGAUUGAGUCCGGCGUAAUUUCUCUGAAGGACAAGACUUCUAAGGUAGCCCUUGUCUACGGUCAGAUGAACGAGCCUCCUGGUGCGCGUGCCCGUGUCGCUCUGACUGGACUUACCGUCGCCGAGUACUUCCGUGACCAGGAAGGACAGGAUGUACUGCUCUUCAUCGACAACAUUUUCAGGUUCACCCAGGCUGGUUCAGAGGUGUCUGCUUUGCUGGGUCGUAUCCCAUCCGCCGUAGGUUACCAACCUACCUUGGCCACUGACAUGGGUACCAUGCAGGAACGUAUUACUACCACGAAGAAGGGUUCCAUCACGUCUGUCCAGGCUAUCUACGUACCUGCUGACGAUUUGACUGAUCCUGCUCCUGCCACCACCUUCGCUCACUUGGAUGCCACCACCGUACUGUCUCGUGCUAUUGCCGAGCUUGGUAUCUACCCCGCUGUUGACCCCCUGGAUUCUACCUCUCGUAUCAUGGACCCCAACAUCAUCGGUACGGAGCACUAUAACAUUGCUCGUGGUGUCCAGAAAAUCCUCCAGGACUACAAAUCCCUCCAGGAUAUCAUUGCCAUCUUGGGUAUGGACGAGUUGUCUGAAGAAGACAAGCUCACCGUCGCCCGUGCCCGUAAAAUCCAGAGGUUCUUGUCUCAGCCAUUCCAGGUCGCUGAGGUCUUCACUGGCCAUGCUGGUAAGCUCGUACCCUUGGCUGAGACUAUCAAGGGAUUCCAGAAGAUCCUUGGUGGAGAGCUCGAUCAUCUCCCCGAAGUAGCUUUUUACAUGGUCGGACCCAUCGAGGAGGUCGCUGCCAAGGCAGAAUCUCUGGCCAAACAAUAAAUCGAAACACAGUCAUCGUAAUUAUCGAUAAUAAUUCUCGUUAGGACGAUCUUCCGGCUAAUCGAUCGUUGAUCUCGUCCUCCUGUGUUAAGGACCUUUGGUGUCUUCUCUUGAGGAUUUGCCAUUUUCUCUUUAUAAACUAUUUUUUUUCUUCGUAUCUCCAUUACCGAGAACGGACGAUCGAGGCGUUGGAUGAUUGUAUGUUAAUUAUUUCUUUCUUUUUCCAUUGAAGAAAAACAAUAUUCAUACAAAUACACCUCAGAGAUGCAUUCACCAUUCAGUCGAUAUCAAACUCCAUCAGUUUAUGCCAGAUCGAAUGACAACAAUGCAACAUACGGCGCUUCGAUGCAUCAGGAUUUAACGUAAUCGUGUUACAUCGAUUAGGUUACCUUUUAUUGUGUGGAGAAUGGUUGCCACUCAUAUGGUACCAACUCACCUGUUGUCAUCGGCCAUGGCUCGUAAGGCUUUACUAUGAGCCACGUUAUUAACGAUUAAUGUACACUUCGCAGCCGUGUUGUAUGUUAGUAAUAAAAAAUUAAUAAAAAUAUACAAAAAAUUGA